AUGUCACAAAAACGAACUAUAUUAAUUACUGGCUGCUCUGAUGGUAGUUUAGGCUCAGCGCUCGCUCUCGCCUUUCACAAGAUCGGAUGGCGAGUUUUCGCGUCGGCUCGCAACCCAUCUAAACUAAAAGAAGUUGAAUCCGCUAGUAUUGAGACUAUACAACUCGAUAUUCUAUCCGAAGAGUCGAUCGCAGAUAGCGUUACUAAAGUCAAAGAGCUCACGGGUGGCUCGCUCGAUGCUCUCCUCAACAAUGCUGGAGCCGGGUAUCCUUUACCCCUAAUGGAUAUCGAUAUUGGGAAAGCUCAGGAGCUAUUCAACUUAAACGUCUUCUCAAUAAUCAGAAUGACACGUGCUUUUCUUCCGCUCCUUAUUGAAUCGAAUGGCAUGGUAGUCAAUAACACAUCAGCUGUGUCGGUGCCAGCCGGUGCCGUUCCCUUUCAGGGCGCCUACAACGCAUCCAAGGCAGCCGCAACAAGCAUUACCGAAACCAUGCGGCUGGAGCUGGCGCCUUUCGGGGUCAAGGUGAUCAACCUUAUGACCGGCUCUGUGCAGUCGAACUUCUUCGACAACACGCCCAUUCCUAUUCUGCCUCCUACCUCGUUAUACAAUAUAGCCAAGGAGGCCAUUGAGAAGGCCAUGGGAAAUGACACCUCUACUAAGAAUUUCGGCGAUCCUAUCCAAUGGGCAACCCAGGUUGCUGAUGAUCUUAGUCGGCCUCAUCCGCCUCAUUGGGUAUGGCGUGGUCAAUACACAUUACUAAUACGACUUUUCUCAUUCCUCCCUAUUGGAUUCUUCGAUGGAUUUAAGAAGAAGUUGACGGGAUUAGAUGUCCUAGAGAGUAAAAUUCAAGAACAAGGAGGAUGGAGCAAGAUUAAGAAAGCAUGA